UUCACAAAGUUUGACCAAAUCCUUUUAUUGCAUCGAUUGAUUUCAAAUACCAUCUUUCUGCAUCUUCCAUUUGUUUCGUUCGAAAGUCUAAAACUUCCCCUUUCUUUAUUCGAAAACCCCAUUUCAGUUUUCGUUUAAAUCAUAAAACCCAUGUUGUAAUCCGUUUGAAUUCGAAAACCCAUUUCGAAUAUGCAGAUUUCUUGAAUUUUGUUGUUUGGAUUACUGAGAAAUCAGAUGGUUGGGAUUGGAGGUGCAAAGGUGAUUACAAGGAAGGCUUGUUCAAGGUUACUUGUAGAUAUCACUUGUAGAUUGGGCACUUCUUCCUUCAGAGGUCUUCAAUCUUCAAUGUCCUCUGCUACUUCCUCUUCUUCACUCUCUAUCCCUCGUUCGUUGCCAAAUUCCCCCUUUUCUGGUCUUGUUAUUUGUGUCACUGGACUAUCCAAAGAAGCAAGGAAACAAGUGAUGGAUGCAACAGAGAGAUUGGGUGGUGAAUAUAGUCCCCAUUUGCAUCCUCGUUGUACCCAUUUGGUGGUCCAGAGCUCUGGUGGACGCAAGUAUGAGCAUGCAUUGAAGCAUGGCGCCUCGAAUGGUCUCUUUAUUGUUACGCUUGGAUGGUUUGUGGAUAGCGUUAGAAGAAAUGUGAGAUUGAGUGAAGCGCUUUACGUUGUAAAACAUCUUCAAGAAAAUCAUAUGCCCAAGGAUGAUCUGAAUGUGCUUGCUAGUGGGAAUUCAUGUCUUCCUGUUGCCAUGCUCGAAAAUGCCAAACAACCCAACAUGAUUGAGAAAUCCCAAUUAUUCUCAUCAUCAGAAGAGCUUAAAAGACGAGGUUCCAUUUUUUCGGGUCAAUCAUUUUAUGUUGAUGCAGAAGUUUCUGCUGAGCUGCAGAAUAAGGUUGCUGAGGCAGCUUUCGGACAAGGGGCUUCACUAGCGGACCAAUGGUUGCCUGGUCACAAUGCCAGUCAUGUGGUAUGCGAAGAGUCUUCGGUUCAAAAGUAUCUUGGUCACUCCAAUUAUCUUGUUACACCCCUAUGGGUUCUGAAGACUGUGAAGGAGACAAGGCCACAGAGGCUCGUUCAUUUGUCUGCUGACUUGGCACGUCAGAUUGGAAUGAUGCUUGAUAAUGUUGAAGGUGGCGCUGAUCAAAAGGAUAGUUAUGGGGCGAAUGAUUCUCAAGAUGCAUCAAGUCUUAGAAUCAACUCAAACCAUGAAGAGAAUCAAAAUAAAGCAAACCUUGCCAAGAAAGGUGUUAGAAAUCGCCGGGGUCGCCAGAUGCAGACAUGUCAAGCACCAAUAAAACCAUUAACCCCAAGCAUCCUUCUCGAUUCAAUCUGCUGGUCUAUCUCUGAACCAUCGUCAAGUGCUUCCAUCUACACAGAUUCCUUCAGUUUUGAGGAUGCCAAAACGUCUACUUUCGUGGAUGCAAGUGAAGAUGGGAAAGAAUCCAAUGCUUCUUUUGUCAACUUCUCACGACCACUUUCAGAAACGGAGAAGAAUGAUUUGAUCUUCAAGAACCAUUUCCUUACCAUACUGUUCCCAGUGGACCGUUUCUCAGAGAUGGGCCCUUGUUCAAGGACGUUUUUUAGCGAUUCAGGGUUCACAUGUUUGCAGCUGUUAGAUCACAUCUAUGCGUUUUAUCAGGAGAACAUGUCGAAAUUGGAGAUUGAGUUGGCCAUUCAUACCGAUUCAAGACAUGCUGAUAGGCUGCGAUCAGUUUACGCAAGCAAAGAAGCUGCAGAGCAUGGGUACGUGGAAGUCAAGCGAAUUGAGUUCUUAGGGAGUCGUAAAAGCUUAGAAAUGCUGAAGCGUGUUCCCGGGGAUAACAAUAGUAAUGUCUACGAGUUGUUGACCCGAGCCUAAUGCCACCAUGAUAAGUGGUUCCGCAAACCUCUUGUUGUCGGUUUAACCAGCUUUUCUCAUGUUGCCAUGCCCAUUUAUGAAGGAGAGGUGUCUUCAUCAAGUCAAGUUUUGCCUAUUUUCCUUUUGGUUUGUAAAAAAUUGUGGCUUUGUAUCAUGGUUUUUUUAAAAUCUUGUUGUAGAUGUAGAUGAGACAUUAAUGGCCUAUUAGAAGUUUUGACGACCCGUGGUGAGUCAGUUACAUGGA